GCAUGUUGAAAGAAGGAAAGAUAAAAAGGAAGAACGGGCAUUCAUGAAUUCUGAAUUAUGAGCUGCAUCAUUUCUAUAGAUUUCUUCAAUAUUUGAUCAAGCACUUCGCUUUGCGCACUCUGACUAGAUGUUGUACUGCUUUGCAGGAGAUGCAAAAAUUUGAGAUAUGGCUGAGGGUUGAAGCUCCUGUGCUAGCAUUACCCGGUAAUCUUAAAGAAGGGUCAAUUAAACUGUGCUGCAUACUCCUGGGUCUUUGACAAUUGAAUUGGCUAGACAUCCACUGUGCGAGACACAUGGAUACUCUGAAAGAAAAAUAUACAUUUUCAUACAAACCGGAGCUGUUGCGUUUGUUUGGUCUAAGGGAUUUUAUCUGUCUCUUGUUGAGUUACCCUGUCAAAUUAGAAGAGGAAGGCAUAUUCAAGGAAUGGACUAAUGCAUUCCCUAAAUGGAGAGCUCGAUUACUCACAGCAAUAUCAUCUGAUGAACACGGUGUGAUAGACAAACCAUGGUGGGUACUGACUGAGAGGGCACUGAGAUGCAUGGAAGGGUUUCUGCCCAUUGAAAUGAUAAGUCAAAUCAGACAUAAUGGGAGGAUAUUCUUCAACCGUAACGGUGCAAUACCAGAAGCUAUUCUUGAUUUAACUGUUGAUCUUGCAGCUGGCCAACUGAUUCAAACCUUGUUCUCUAUAGAUGAUUUUGCACCCAAUACACGCUAUAUCAGGUUGUCAACCAAAAACUUUGAUGAAAAAAGAUCUGCUUUGAGCAAAAUAGCAGCAGCCUUGGAAGACAAGCACAUGAAGUUUGGAAUUGAUAAAGAUUUUCUUAGAGUCAUAUGGAUCGAUGCCUCAACAUAUGACGGUGAUUCCGAGGUUCGAGUUCAAGAAGAGAUCAACAAGAUGGUAGGUGUAGUGACGGAAGAGAUGACGGGCAACAGAUAUUUGGUGAUUCUAGUGGAUAGAGACAGUGACAAGAAGCUAGAUCCCAGAAAUGUGCUUCUUCCAGCUGGAACUGUGCUGUUAAUAACAACUGAACCAUUAGCACAGGCACAAGAGGGUGAUGAAUUUGCAAUUGCGUGCACAAUUGAUUUAAAUAUCAGGACCCAGGAUCAUCUGUUGUCUUGGGAAGUCUUUUGCAGCCAUGCAGGCAGUGUCAUGAUCCAUUCAUCGAGGGCUAUUCAGGAAAUUGCAGAGCGAAUAGUCAAGGAAUGUCAUGGUCACCUUCUUGCCAUUGUCCUUGUGGCAAAGUCGCUGAAGAAUGCGAAAGAUGUUAAACAGUGGGAGCUUGCAUUUGCCAAAUUAAUCCACACGAAUCCUUCCUAUGAUUAUCUAGAGAGUGAUCAAAUUGGCAUUAGUAGAGCCAUGGUCAAUGCAUUCGUCAAUAUCAUUUGGGCGGACAUUAAUAAGAUGCAAAAGCUUUUCCUCGAAGCCAGUUCAUUUGUGUACAACAUAAAAAGUGGGGUGCCAGGUGGCACCUUCACGUCUACUUGGGUUAAUGCUAAAUUAUUGCACACGCCAGAAGCAACAUAUAGCAUGAGAAGGCUUCUAGACUGUUCAGUCUUAUUGCGGUGUAAAGGUGACAAUGUCCGUUUGCCAAUAGAAAUAUAUGAUAUGAUUGUAUCAUUACACAAGUUGUACCCUUCCAUCAUAAGGAAUGGUGCUUUAGGAUUGACAGAGCCGCCACAUGUUGGACAAUGGCAUGGUCUUAUUCAACUUGAAUUGAUGAACAAUGAAAUAUCUGAGCUACCACAAUCACCAUAUUGCCCUGAACUUAGAGUGUUGUUGUUGCAAGGAAAUGCUGAUUUGAUGGAUAUUCCAGACUCAUUUUUCAACCACAUGCCUCUGCUUAUAUGCUUGGACUUAUCCUACACUAGUAUAAGGGAUUUGCCCCCUUCUAUCUCCAAUUUGAAAGAGCUUAAGAACUUUUAUCUCAGAGGUUGUGAUCUCUUUAUGGAACUAACACCGGAAAUUGGACAACUGAAGAAUCUUGAAGAGCUUGAUCUUGAUGGGACUUUUAUAACAUAUCUGCCAGAAUAUAUCGGAAAAUUGAUCAACCUGAAAAGAUUGACCCUCUGCUUUGAGAGAUACCAUCAUGGCAAAAAAGGCAAUCAGAUUUCCAACUCCACACUUAUUCCUCUUGGAGUGAUAUCAAAUCUGGUUCAAUUGAAUUAUCUAAGCAUCAAUGUUGACCCUGAAGAUGAGCGAUGGGACGAGAAUGUUCUUGGCAUUUUGGUCGAAAUUUUAGAAUUGGAGAUGUUGAAGUGGGUCAGCAUAUAUAUCCCAAAGGUUGACAUUAUGGACUUCAUUCCUCCCCACAAAUCUCUCGAUUUCAGAUUGGUUGUUGGUCAUCAUAUGCAGCGUUUCAUAUCACGUGUAAUUCCUGAAGUGGAGGAACAAUUCAAAUACAAUGAUAGCAGUAUAAAAUUUGUAAAUGGUGUAAGUGUACCAAAUGGGGUGAAGAUCAAUCUUUCACGUUUCAAGGCUUUAUAUUUGGAUAGACAUAUGACCCUCAAGAGUCUCUCCGAAUUCCACUUGAAGAAUUUAAACAUGUUGCAACUUUGCAUCUUGGCAGAAUGUAAUGAAAUGGAAACCGUGUUUGACGCAAGUUCUUCAGAUAAUGACCAAGUUAACAUAUUGGCAGAAUGUAAUGAAAUGGAGACAGUUGUUGAUACAAAUGACUGUCUUGUGUUGGAGUCCUUGAAUGUAUUCUAUAUGAAGAAUUUAAGAAGCAUUUGCGAAGGGACUCCAUUGCAUUGCUUGAAGUCUUUGAGAUUGCACACUUGCCCCAUGUUAACUACCAUCUUCUCCUUAAGUUUUAUCCACAGUCUUUCCGUUUUGGAGGAGCUUAUCAUUGAAGACUGUCCAAAAGUAACCACCCUUAUAAGUCAUCACUUGUCAGAACAUGAAGCACAUAUUUUCCUCCCUCGUUUGAGAAUGAUAUCACUUCUCUAUCUUCCGGCAUUGGUCAGCAUCUUUAAUGGCUUCCAUGUUGAACAUGGUUUGGAAAAAAUGGGAUUUUAUUACUGCCCAAAACUCCAAACUCUUUCCAAAUCAGAGUUAUCAAGCAAAAGAUCUCUGAGAGUUAUCAAAGGAGAAAGCAAAUGGUGGGAAGCAUUAAAAUGGAAUGAAGCAGAAUGGGGAUGCGCGGACCAACCCAGUUUUCUUGAUCAAAUAUUUUCCCCAAUUAAUGAGGAGGCUGACAUAAUGACCCAACUAGCUGCACGUGACUAUGAGGACCAGUAUGAAAGAGAAAGAAAGCAAUUUGUUCCACCACCUCUCAUAUUAAACAACGAAUUGCGUAAGAGCCGAAAGCGGACACGUGAGACACGUCCCGUAAUCUUUCAGUACAACAACCCCAGCGAAUUCUGGAAAGCCGUCGAGCGCCUCACUGGAGUACCCUCUGGCAACAUCGGUGACACUUGCCUCACUGGAGUACCCUCUGUCAACGUCGGUGACACUUCCGACACAAGUGCGUUGACAGAUUGUUUGAGAGACAUGGAAGUGGAAUGAGGAAUGAGAGAAUGUGACUAAGAAGGGAGGGUAUGAUCCUAUUUCCACUAUAAUUAUAUAUUUUCUGUAGUCGCCAAUUUGUUAUUUCUCUUGGCUAGUGUAAUUAUUACAAUAUUAAAUAGUCGGAAACAAUGCCUUUUAUCUGAUGCCUGGUUAGGGAGGGUGUUUUUCCACCAAGGACUUUUACAUCUUGUUUAGAGACUCUUUGAUCUUGGAAAUAAAAAAGUAACUUAUCAUAGUCA